AUAAUUGCUUGUUUGAAAAAGUCUCCAAACGACUAUAAAACGCGUGAAGAAGAGUGCAGCUCUAUUCACCUCUCAUCGCCUGCCCAAUCCAACCACCACCAACCCACCCAUCCUCCGAUCGAACCCUCGCUCCAUCACCAAAUCCACCAAAAUUCUGAUAGUCAGCGGGGCUAAAGCCCAGGCCAGCCAAGUUGCAGACAUCACGGCUAUAUACAGAGCUAAUCGUCUCCUUGUUCAUGUCCGCUCUCUACGUCGCAAGGGUUGUUUGACUAUUUUCACGAAUCCUUCGCCGCACGGCGGUCGUGGUGCUCUCCCCUCUGCCGGCGGCACCCCCUCCGAUCUCCUCUUCCUCGCCGGCGGCGGUCAUCUCUUUUCCUUAGUGUAGAUUUAUUGUUAUUGUUAUUAUUAUAUUUGUUUUGAAGUUCUAUACCUAAUAUAAAAUCUGUGCACGGUUAAAAAAAGAUAUCUCUGUUUGUUUGGUUGAUUAGUAUAAUUUUGUGUGAAAAUAUAUUAAUUGAAUGGAGAUGUUGAGGAUUAAGAGAGUGCCCACCAUUGUGUCGAAUUAUCAAAAGGAAGAGGGGGAGGAGGGUGCUUGUCGUGUCGGGUGUGGGCGGAAUUGUCUCAACACGUGUUGCCUCCAAGGGGCAAAGCUACCGUUGUAUGCAUUUAAGAGGGUUAACAAGUGUGGUAAUAGAGGGGGAUCUUCUGCUGAAGAAUACAAGGAGCCUCCGGUUGCUUUUCUGGAUUCUCUCAUCAUUGGGGAGUGGGAAGAUCGUGUUCAGAAGGGGCUUUUUCGCUACGAUGUUACUGCCUGUGAAACCAAGGUCAUUCCAGGAAAUUAUGGUUUUAUAGCUCAGCUGAAUGAGGGUCGUCACCUCAAGAAGAGGCCAACUGAAUUUAGAGUCGAUAAGGUUUUGCAGCCAUUUGAUGGGAGCAAAUUUAAUUUUACUAAAGUUGGGCAGGAAGAGGUGCUUUUCCAGUUCAAAGCAAGUGAGGAGGAUGAAAUUCACUUCUUUCCAGAUGCUUCCAUUGAUGUUGGAAACUCUCCAAGUGUUGUUGCUAUUAAUGUUAGUCCUAUCGAAUACGGGCAUGUGCUUCUGAUUCCCCAUGUUCUUGAAUGUUUGCCACAAAGGAUUGACCAUGAAAGCUUCUUGCUUGCACUUUACAUGGCAGCAGAAGCCGGAAGCCCAUACUUUCGGUUGGGUUACAAUAGCUUGGGUGCAUUUGCUACCAUAAAUCAUCUUCACUUCCAGGCUUAUUACCUGGCCGUGCCAUUUCCUAUUGAGAAGGCAUCUACUAGAAAAGUUAUGAACUUGGAUGAUGGGGUUGAAAUUUCUGAAUUGUUGGGCUAUCCUGUCCGAGGUCUUGUGUUUGAGGGUCUCUGUACCUUGGAGGAUUUGUCGACUGCAGUCUCUGAUGCUUGCAUUUGCCUUCAGAACAGUAAUAUACCCUACAAUGUUCUUAUCUCAGACUCUGGAAGGCGUGUCUUUCUCCUUCCUCAGUGUUAUGCUGAGAGACAGGCUCUUGGCGAAGUGAGUCCUGAGCUUCUGGACACCCAAGUUAAUCCUGCAGUCUGGGAAAUUAGCGGCCACAUGGUCUUAAAAAGGAAGGAGGACUAUGAGGAGGCGUCUGAGGAGAAAGCUUGGAGACUGCUUGCCGAGGUAUCCCUAUCAGAAGAGAGGUUCAAAGAAGUGAAAGAUAUUAUAUUUGACGCAGUCUCUUCUGCUGCAAAUGAAAAUGAACUGAUCUCACAAAAUGAUCAAGAACAUCAUACUAAUCAGGAGUCUGGUACCCAUAACAAUGGUUCCAGCGCUGCUUUGGUUUCACAUGAAUGCCUAGUUCUGCAUUAAGCUCUGGGGUUAAAGAAGAACUGAUCAGUGGUAUUAUGUAAAUUAGGUGACUACGUCAGGGCUGGAGUAUAUACAAAAACUCCUCAUUACGAGUCCUUAAAUAAAGCGACUGUUGCAGUUUUGCUGCAUAAUGUAUGUAAUAUCUUCAUACUGUGGCUUGUUGGAUUUGGCGGUGCUGUCAUGCUGUGUAAAAUACUUAUUUACCAUUGGAUUACCUGCUCUUAACUCUAAAGAGCUCAUUGAUGUAAUAUAUGCUUUGCAUCUCAA